CGCAACUUCCUACGCUGCGAAGACCGGCCCGUGGUCUUCACGCACCUUCUGGCCGCGGGCCCUGCGCCCCAGCGCCUCUCCUACUGCGGCGGCGGCGAGGCCCUGGCUGUGCCCUUCGAGCCGGCGCGCCUGCUGCCUCUGGCCACGAAUGGGCGUCUCUACCACCCAGCGCCGGAGCGCGCGGGCGGCGUGGGCCUGGUGCGAUCGGCCCUGGCCUUCGAGCUCAGCGCUUGCUUCGAGUACGCGCCAGGCGCGCCCGAGCUGCCCUCGCACGUGCGCUGGCAGGGCCGCCGUUUCGCACUCACCAUGGACCUGGCCCCACUCCUGCUUGCUGCCCCGCCGCCCUGAACCGCGGGCCAGCAGCCGCUGGCACCCGCAGCGCCCCGGGCCGUCAGGCUGCGCACGCGCCACCCGGAGAGCGCGCCGGCCGAGUGCGCGUGCGCGGCGAAGGUGCGCCGCGGCCCCGCCCCGCCGGCGCUGUCCGAGGUGGCGCCGCGGACCGAGUCCCGACGCCGGCAGGGGCGGGGUCUCCGGGGCCCUACUCCCUCCACACACCCCCGGCCUGGGGAGUUUUCGUCCUCUGGUCUGCCCGGCCCUCGCGACGGCGGAUCGGGGCGGCCGGGCGGGAGGCGCGGGGGCUCCAGUGCGCGAGCCCGAGCGGCGCCCGUCCCUCCCCCGCCGGGUGCUGCUCUGUGGGCCGGGGUUCGGCGGGGGAGCCGCGCCGCGGGAGCGUCAGUUUCUUAAACCGAUUUCAAGCUUCAAAAUUCAGACACGGUGUGUGCCUCCAUUCAUGCUUUUCGCUGGCUCUCAAAUGUUAGGGACAGGCCUGCCAACCUGUGUUUCAGGAGUUGCAUCCCACCGGGGCCGGACUGUAGGGAGGCUGCUGGAAAGGCUGCAGGCUUGUGGCCCGCGGCCGGUCCCGCGGGAGAUGGCCCCAGGGGCGCCUGCACUGCUGCUACUGUCGCUGCUGUCUCUGCCGGGUCUCCCGCCUCGCGCUGCCGCCUGCCCCGCCGCCUGCCGCUGCUACAGCGCCACGGUGGAGUGCGGUGCUCUGCGACUGCGCGUAGUCCCGCCUGGAAUCCCACCCGGGACGCAGGUGGGCACCGCGUGGGGCUGCCGGGCGGCGACGCUGUUCCUGCAGGACAAUAGCAUCGCGCGCCUGGAGCCGGGCAUCCUGGCGCCCCUCGCCUCCCUGUGCCAUCUCUACCUGCACAACAACAGCCUACACGCCCUGGAGUCGGGUGCCUUCCGCGCGCAGUCGCGCCUGCUGGAACUGGCGCUCACUGGCAACCGGCUGCGCGGCUUGCGUGUCGGUGCUUUCGCAGGCCUGGCCCAACUGCGCGUGCUCUACCUAGCUGGCAACCAGCUGGUACAGCUGCUGGAUUUCACCUUCCUACACUUGCAGCGACUGCAGGAGCUGCACCUGCAAGAAAACAGCAUUGAGCUGCUGGAGGACCAGGCCCUGGCUGGGCUCUCCUCACUGGCACUGCUGGACCUCAGCAGGAACCAGCUGGGCACCAUCAGCCGGGAGGCCCUGCAGCCACUGGCCAGCCUGCAGGUCCUGCGCCUCACAGAGAACCCAUGGCGCUGUGACUGUGCCCUGCACUGGCUGGGAGCCUGGAUCAAGGAGGGAGGCCAGCGACUGCUCAGCUCCAGGGACAAGAAGAUCCUGUGUGCAGAGCCCCCGCGCCUGGCACUUCAGAGUCUCCUGGAAGUAUCUGGAAGUAGCCUCAUCUGCAUCCCACCGUCUGUGCACGUGGAGCCGCUGGAGGUGACAGCCAACCUGGGUGAGGACCUGCGGGUGGCCUGCCAGGCUUCAGGUUACCCGCAGCCCUUGGUGACCUGGAGAAAGGUGGCGCAGCCUCGCGAGGGUGCGCCUCGCGCCCAGGCGCAGCCAGAAGUUGGGUGGCGGGGCCCAGGAGGUCUCGGGGCCUCCGACACCGGCAGCGGCAUGCUCUUCCUCACCAACAUCACCCUAGCCCACGCCGGAAAGUACGAGUGUGAGGCCUCCAACGCCGGAGGCGCCGCCCGCGUACCCUUCCAGCUCUUGGUCAACGUGUCCCGGCAGCAGCAUAUGGCGCCCGCGCCGCCCCCGGCCGGCGGCCCAGUCAGCCACGAGCCCCUGCCCGAGACCGGCAGCAUGGCCUUCCGUGCCCUGGGCCUGGCCACACAGACGGCCAUCGCGGCUGCCAUCGCGCUCCUGGCGCUCACGGCUCUGUUACUGGCGACCAUGAUCUGCCGCAGGCGGCGCAGGCGUAAAAAGGCGCCGGGGCCUUCUGGGGAGGGAGCGCUCUUCGUCAACGACUACUCCGACGGGCCCUGCACCUUCGCGCAGCUCGAGGAGCUCCGCGACGAGCGGGGCCACGAGAUGUUCGUCAUCGACCGCUCCAAGCCGCUCUUCGCCGAGGGCCCGGCGGAAGCGGCCGAAGCGCCUGGAGUCGCGCAGGGGCUCCCGCUGCAGCCCCCCUCCGCCUACGAGAUCCACUGCUGAGGGGCGGGGCACGGGCUGAUGACGUAGGUACCGCGGAUUGGCCGGCUCGACUCACCCGCGCAUGCCCCAGCUUGGUUAGUAAAGGGUGGAAGCUG